AUGGGCUGCUGCUGCAGCUCGGACUACGACGAGGACUGGAUCGAGAACAUCGACAUUUGCGAGCACUGCAACUACCCCAUUGAGCCCGACAGCAAGCGCCAGAGGCUGAUCCGCAACGGCUCCGAGGUGCAAGACCCCCUGGUGUCCUACGAGGCCACGUCUCCGCCGUGUUCCCCCCUGCAAGAUAAACUGGUGGUGGCUCUGUACAACUACGAGCCCAAGCACGACGGAGACCUGGGGCUGCGGAAGGGCGAGAAGCUCCGAAUCUUGGAAGAGAGCGGGGGGUGGUAAACCACUGGCCAGGAGGGUUUGAUCCCCUACAACUUCGUGGCCCUGGUGAACAGCCUGGAGCCCGAGCCGUGGUUCUUCAAAAAUGUCAGCCGCAAGGAUGCGGAGCGGCAGCUCCUGGCGUCGGGCAACACACACGGCUCCUUCCUCAUCCGGGAGAGCGAGACCUCCAAAGGCUCCUACUCACUGUCGGUGAGGGACUUUGACCAGAACCAGGGUGAGACGGUGAAGCACUACAAGAUCCGCAACAUGGACAACGGGGGGUACUACAUCUCGCCCCGCGUCACCUUCAGCAGCUUGCACGAACUAGUGGACUAUUACACAC